AUGAAAACGCCUCCUCCCGACAAAAACGAAGCUAUAAAAUCUAAAGAUCCUGCGCCCGAACCAGCAGCACACAGUGAGCAAGGCUUUGAUCAAGGCUCACUUGAAGAAAACUCAGAGAGAGGAUCACGUAGAGUUCUUAGAAUAGUGUCUAGUAAGACAGAAGAUAAGAAUUCUAAUACUAAUAGAGUUACGAAAGUUUCUAGCCCAACAUCAAAUCAACUGUUAACUAAAACACAAAAGAAUAAUCUUGCGAAGAAAGCAAAGAAACGAGAGGAGAAAAAAUUGAGGGAUGAAAUUCAAGCAGAACGACUACGACAACAUAGGCGAUCUUUGGGUACAGAAAGAGUUAACGAAUUAUAUAAAAAUGACAAACCAAAGUCGUCCGUGAACCCGCGAAAUGCCAACACAAUUAUACCUACUGUUUCGUUAAAUGAAGCCGGCGCGUUAGUGUGGAAUUAG